GCCGCCAUCAACGCCUUCUUCGCCACCAUCGUCGAGGUUUUCCUCUACUGCGUUGCACUGAGCCAGGGCAAAGGCCAGCUCGUCGAGGGAAGCAUCGUGGGUAGCAUAUUUGCCGGCAUCCUGUUCUUGCCCGGCAUCUCCAUGUGCUUCGGCGCCCUGAAACGGAAGACGCAGCGAUUCAACGCCAAGUCGGCCGGCGUGACGUCCACGAUGCUGCUCUUUGCCGUUGUCGGAGCCUUUGGCCCAACGCUCUUCUACCAGAUCUACGGUACGCAUGAACUGAACUGCAUGGACUGCGAGGACUAUGUCUACGGCGGCAUCAUCGGGGGCGGCGCCGCACGCGAUUGCCGGCGGUGCUACUUUUCGCAGGCACCUGCUCUUGACGACCGCUUCUACCUCGAGGCCGUGCGGCCGUACUGUUACUCUGCCGCCAUCCUGCUCUUCUGCUCAUACCUCAUCGGCCUGUGGUUCACGCUGCGCACGCACGCAGCCGUCAUCUGGAACUCCGAGGUGGAGGAGAAGCGACACGAGGAGGCCAUGCACGCAUCGGCAACGCUUCGACCGCCGCACCAGCCGUCAACGGCCGAGGGCGCCGGGGCUGAUAUCCGCGAUUCCAACCUGUACAAGCGCAUCCUGGGCCAGUCGCUCAAGCAGGUCGGCCUGCCGGACGCCUCCCGCCCGAGCUCCACGACUGCCCAGGAAGCCGGUGGUGCCAACGGACCAAGCAGCACCCCCCAUGUGGUACCGCCCAGGGGCGGUGCCGAGGAAGAUCAGCAGCAGCCGCCCUUGCGAUCGACGACCAAGGUACCCGCCCUGAGCCAGGUCGACAACAACCUGGUGCGCGAGGUCGCCGAGAUUGCUGCCACGGCUGCCACGAUUGCCUCGCGCGACCGGUACGCGCACAAGCAGUCCACGGCCGGCCCAGCAACGCCACGGCCGCACGGCGCCAGCCGAGCCAGCCACGCCCCCGACGUCGAGGAAGAUGCCGCCACUGCGGGAGCGGCCACUGCGCACGCCGGCGGUCACGGCCAUGACGCGCCCAACUGGAGCCGCACCAAGAGCACCGUGAUCCUGCUGGGAGCCACCAUUCUGUACGCCAUCAUCGCCGAGAUCCUGGUCGACACCGUCGACGUCGUGCUCGAGAGCUUCUC